AUGUUAGGUGAUCGAAAAACUGCAGUUUUACGAGGUGGUGCUCCCUGGGGUUUUCGACUUUCAGGCGGCAUUCACACACCUGUUUAUAUUUCUAAGGUUCGUAAUCGAAGUAAGGCAGCACUUGCUGGUCUUACAGGAGGCGACACACUUUUAUCAAUUAAUGGUGUAUCAUCAUUAAAAAAAACUUUACGUGAAGUAAAUGAUGUAAUUGAUGCUGUUCACGAUCAACUUAUUCUCGAAGUACAAAGUACAACACAUCGUCGUGACAGUCGAUCGGAUUCAAUUUCAAGUUUAGAUACAAGAGAAAAUAGUCCUGUUCGUUCAAUACAUCGUAUAACUCCACAACGACAAUCAAUGGAUUAUCAAUAUAAUUCAUCAUAUGAUGCACCUACACAUCCUAUAUAUAAAUCAACAUCAGGUUUUAAUAAACCUGAUUACAACAAAGAUCAACGUUUUAUGGAUUCAUUUGGACGUACAACUAAUAAUCCAUUACCAGCAAUAUUUCGUACAGCUACAUUAGCAUCAAAUUCACCAUCAACUUCAACAAAAGGACAACAAUUUAAUUAUCGUUCAUCAAAAUCAAAUAAUCUAUAUGAUACGCCACGUAAUUAUAAUGAACCUAUGACAGGUGGUUAUAUUUCGGAUACAAAUGAUUAUCGACGUUCAUCAGCUACUAUUCGUUCAAAUAGUCUUAAAAAUUUAAAUGUUUCACAUAUUGGUAAUAUAAAUAAUCAACAACAAUCAUCGUAUAAACCAUAUCCAACAACUUAUGCUACAAAAAUUAUACCAAGUAGUGAUCAAAAUUAUUUUAGUGAUUCCGAAUAUGUGGGAUCUUCUGGUCCACGUUAUACAAAAAUUAGUCGACAAAUAAAUUCUACACGACGGCCAAGUAAUAUUGUUUUACCGAUACGUUCAAUAUCAAGUAAAGCUUAUGAUGAUUAUGUACCACAAGAAACACCAAAAUUUCAAAAACAACCAUUUGAUGUGUAUCGUUAUCAACAACAACAACAACAACAACAACAACAAGCAGCAGCAGCAGCUCGAUUUAAACGACCACCGCAACUUAGUUUUCCAUCUGAAAAUCAACGACGUAAAUCUGAUAGUAUUAGUGCUAUGAAUCAUGAAUUUGGUGCUGAAUUGCUCAAAUCACCUAUUCCAAAUAAAAAACGUUAUGCCGAUUCAAGUUUCUUUAAGACACCAUUUAAUACUUAUCCAACUAUUGAAGAACAAAAACAAAUGGCAAGAAAAAUUGCCCAUAUAUUAGAAGGAGGUGAUCCAUCUCAAAAAGGUGCUUCAAAAUUUGAAAGACAACGUCAACGAGCAGACAAAUAUACACUUGAAGCUGAAGCAACAUCAACAACAACUGCUGUAAGUAAUUAUCGACCACUACGUCAAUUACAAACCAAUGAUAAACCAUAUUAUGAUACUUCAAAUUUACCUGAUUGUAUUAAACAUAGUUUAGAAGAAGCUCAACAUAUUAAUCCAUUAAGAUAUGUUGGUGCACCAGAAGACUUUAAACAAAUUCAUAUGGAGCAGGAACAUGUUACACAUACAGGUGUUCCACCGCAAACUGCAAUGCGUAUUGCUGCUGAUUUGAAUCUCAAUCGUGGUAAAGGUGCAGCCUUAUUUCAAAAACGUAAAGCUCGCUCUGAAAAAUGGGUUAUUGAUGAGAAUAAUGUUAAGAAACCAGGCUAUCAAUCACCAUCAAAUUAUAUUGGACCAGCAACUAAACCAUGGGGUCAACAUGCACCAACAACAUGGUCUCCUGAUGAAAAACCAUAUUCAGGUCCUAUUUUUUCACCGAUUCGAAAAAAAUUUAGUCUUCCACAAACGCCAACUCUACCUGAAUCACUUUUUACACCUCCACCACCAAGAACUACUCCAAGAUUUAGUGAUUUUAAUGCUAAACCAAAAGGUUUCAGUAGUCGGAGUACAGAAAAUGUAAUAUCACAAUCACCACGUGGUAGUAUUGAUUUACGUAAAUCACUUAAUUUAAAUACGGAACCAAAUAUUCAUGAAGUUUCUCAAAGUAUGUCGGAAUUACAAACGCGUAAUGUAUCUCAACCAUGGUCAUCACCAUUGGAUUCUCAAUCUAUGUUUUCUCCAAAUCAACAACAACAACAACAAGAUAAUGAUUAUUUUCAAUAUCCAUCGGGGAAUAUUCUUGGUAAAUGGAAAAAUCAAGAAUAUUCACCAUGGAAUCAAUUAUAUAUGCAAGAACAUAAACCAUCACAAAUACCAAUGACACGUGAAGGUGUUGAACUUCUACGUCAACGUCUCAUGCAACAAAAUCAACCACAAACAGAUCAACGAUAUCAAACAUAUAAACAACAGAAUGAUAAUAGUGCUAAUUAUAAUUUAUAUUCUUCAUCUCAAGGAUCAAAAUCACAGCAACAUUUUACGGAUCUUUAA